AUGGUGUUUUACGAUUUCCAACUUAAAAAAGUUGUUUAUAAAACCGUUAAUAGUCCACUUCGUACUCUGAGACAACAUUAUCGGGAUGCUUCGACUGUGGCAGAAAACAGAAGACAGUCUCGUGCCAAUCCCACAUACCAAGGUGUUAAAGGGUUUUCUGUAUCCGAGCCACUUUUUCCCGGACGACUAAUUCGUUGUCUAAGACCUGAUUAUAUGCACAGCACGAUAAAAUGUGUUUUUGAUUCCAUGUUAACUAUCGUUCUUCAAACAUUGCCAAAAAAUACGAUCGACGUUAUUGAUAAUCGUUUAUUAAGUGUUUGUUUACCUCAUGACUUUAGCAGAAAAUUAAGUUCUCUGACAUAUCGAAAUUAUUAUAAAGCCAACGAGUCAAGGACGUUGCUAUUGGAUGUUUUCCUUCCAUGUUUAGUUGGUCAAAAAGAUAUUGAAUUGUUUGCUCGUAUUUGUCUAUUUGUUUGUGGUAUUCGUCUUGUUCAUGGCGAUACUCUUGUUCUUGUUAACUCGAAUGCUCUUGCUGACAAUUUUUUUUCUUUAUUUGUUCUAUCAAAUGACGAUGAGUUAGGUGUAUUAGCAAAUCUCUUCAUAUUCAUACACAUUAUGGAUUUUUGA